AUGAGUUGGUCAACGCUUCUUUCUCUGAGCAACCCACUGUCGCCGGCCCUCAGCCGCUCCCUAACCUCAAAACGCUCCAAUUGCACCGUCGCGCCCCUAGCGUGCCUCAACGUGGACGUGCGCGCACCAGAUUCAUCCCACAACCCGCCAAUUCUCGACAAGAGAAGCUUGGAAAUAAUUGCGGACGAGAAAAAAUUUAUAGUGGGGACCUACUCCAGGGCGCCGCUGGUUCUUUCGAGUGGCAAAGGCUGUAAGUUAUACGAUGUUGAAGGGCGAGAGUAUCUGGACCUGUCGUCCGGCAUUGCCGUCAAUGCCUUGGGCCAUGGUGACCCUGAUUGGCUGCGGGCCGUCACACAGCAAGCUGAUGUGCUAACGCAUGUCAGCAACGUCUAUUACUCUGUUCCACAGGUGGAGCUUGCAAAACGUCUGGUCACAGGCUCUUUUGCCGACCGGGUCUUCUUCUGCAAUUCUGGAACCGAAGCCAACGAAGCUGCAAUCAAGUUCUCCAGAAAGUUCCAAAGGUUUACACGCUCGGAUGAGAACGACCCUCCAGUGAAGUUCAUUUCCUUCACAAAUUCCUUUCACGGCCGGACAAUUGGUGCUCUAGCGCUGACAAGCAAAGAGCAUUACAGGAAGCCUUUCGAGCCAAUAAUGCCCGGAGUCACUUUCUUGGACUAUGGAGACACUAAGGCAACAGUAGAGCUUAUUCAGACAGGGAAGAUUGCAGCUGUGUUUGUGGAGCCCAUUCAAGGGGAAGGUGGCAUACACAGUGCAACCAAGGAAUUCUUGACGGCCGUGCGUGCUGCCUGUGAUGAUGCUGGGUGUCUUCUCGUUUUUGAUGAGGUACAAUGCGGUCUGGGCCGUACGGGCUACCUCUGGGCCCACGAAGCCUUCCAUGUAUACCCUGACAUGAUGACUCUAGCUAAGCCCCUAGCCGGAGGCCUCCCAAUUGGGGCCGUAUUAGUGACCGAAAAAGUCGCCUCGGCCAUCAGUUUCGGGGACCACGGCAGCACUUUCGCCGGCAACCCUCUCGUUUGCAGUGCUGGAAUUUCCGUUCUUGACAAAAUCUCGAGCCCGAUCUUUUUAUCCGACGUCGCAGAAAAAGGAUGCUAUUUUCAAGAUUUAUUGGUGAAAAAAAUUGGAAAAAACCCUCGUGUUGUGGAGAUACGAGGUUUCGGGCUGAUUAUCGGGAUAGAGCUCGACGUAGCUGCAUCGCCAUUGGUCGAUGCCUGCCGGGAGUCGGGGCUUCUCGUGUUGACUGCCGGUAAAGGGAAUGUCGUUCGGAUUCUGCCCCCAUUGGUUAUCACUAGAGAGGAGUUGGAACAGGCAGCUGAGAUAUUGGUCAGUUGUUUUCCUGCUCUUGACGUUCACAGCAAGAACUAG